AAAACCUUACAGGAUUGGGUGCGCCAAACGCGGUGCCGUUUUAAUCUGUCUGCCCUAAUUCUUCUCCCCCUAACUCUGAUCGAUAAUUUACCGGUUCAAAAAAACUCAGACAAUGUUGAUGCGCUACGUUCGCGCGUCCCUCUUCGCCGCGCGCUUGUUCUCCACUGAAGCAGUGGCAACUUCGGCGGCGAAGAAAGCAGUAACCACUACCGAAGGCGCUGCGAAAAGCGGUGGAGGUGGCCGAGACACGCUGGGAUAUAGGCUUAUAGGCCUCGUGUAUCCGAAACGCAGCGCUGUGGUUGCAAUACGGAAAUGGAAAGAGGAAGGCCAUACGGCCCGUAAAUACGAGCUCAAUAGAGUCGUCCGAGAGCUUCGCAAGCUCAAGCGCUAUAAGCACGCCCUUGAGAUAUGUGAAUGGAUGAGAUUGCAGCAAGAUAUCAAGCUUUUACCUGGUGACUAUGCCAUUCACUUGGACUUGAUUGCAAAAGUUCGUGGCUUAACUAGUGCAGAAAAAUUCUUCGAAGACCUUCCUGACAAGAUGAGAAAUCAAGCCACAUGCACAGCUCUUCUCCACACAUAUGUCCAGAACAAGUUGUCUGCUAAAGCAGAGGCUUUGAUGGAGAAAAUGUCAGAAUGUGGUUUUGUGAAGUACGCUCUUCCUUAUAACCACAUGCUCUCGCUAUAUAUCUCAGAAGGUCAACUAGAAAAGGUUCCUGAAAUAGUGAAGGAAUUAAAGAAAAAUGCUUCACCUGAUAUCGUUACUUAUAAUUUAUUGUUAUCUGUUUGUGCCUCCCAAAAUAACAUUGAAACUGCAGGAAAAAUCUUUCUUGAGCUAAAGAAGGCGAAAAUAGAGCCUGACUGGGUAACAUAUAGUUCGCUGACCAAUCUGUACAUAAAAGGAAAACAAUUUGAGAAUGCAAAAUCUACUUUGAAGGAAAUGGAGAAGAAGGCUUCUCAAAAAAAUCGAGUUGCUUAUUCCUCCCUUCUCAGUUUGCAUACAAACAUGGGGGAUAAAGAUGGGGUUCAGCGGAUCUGGAAGAAGCUGAAAUCAUGCUUCUGCAAAAUGAAUGAUGCCGAGUAUACAUGUAUGAUAUCGUCACUUGUGAAACUUGGGGAUUUUGAAGAAGCUGAGAAACUCUACAAUGAAUGGGAGUCUGUUUCUGGAAGUGGUGAUGCGAGAGUUCCAAACAUACUCCUUGCAGCUUACAUCAAUGCAGACCGGAUGGAAAUUGCUGAAAACUUUUAUCAGAGAAUCGUGCAGAAGGGUAUUUGCCCUUGUUACACUACUUGGGAACUUCUUACUUGGGGCUAUUUAAAGAAGCAGCAAAUGGAAAAAGUAUUAGAUUAUUUUAAGCAAGCUGUUGGUAGUGUGAAAAAAUGGAAUCCAAAUGACAGGUUGGUUGGAGAAGUAUUUAAGAAACUCGGGGAUCUAGGUGAUACUGAAGGGGUGGAGAAGUUUUUAGUUAUUCUUCGGAAAGCUGGCCAUGUCAGUACUAAGGUAUAUAAUUCGCUUCUUCGAGCAUAUGCAAAAGCUGGUAAAAUGCCACUUAUAGUUGCUGAGCGGAUGCAGAAGGACAAUGUACCACAGGACGAGGAAACACAUAAGCUCAUAAAAUUAACUAGCAAAAUGCGUGUCAGUGAAGUUUCAAGCAAUUUGUGAGUAGAAUAGGGCAGAGUAAGAAUUACUUUGAGAUAAAUGGUGAUUUAUUUUACCGGCUACAAUUUGAGUACGAGUAGUGAUCCUCAGUAUGCAUAAUAUGAUUUUUUCUAUAGUGAAUAGAUAUUAGAUGCAGCAUUAUCAUGCUAAAUAUUGAUUGCAGAAAGUGUUGAAAAAUGAUAGAACAAUCCAUCUGAAAUUCAUUUGGAAAAGAAAAUCAGGCUAAAUUUCCUUCUCCAAAUCAGUCUAUUAACUGUGAUUGCUGAAUAGGAAGUUCUCUGUUAAUUGCUAGUAGCUACAAGUAAA